AUGCAUCUGAGCAAAUUCGGGCUGCUCGCCCUUGGGGCAGCUGCAGUUGAUGCUUUCCGUGACACGUCUCCAUUUUUCAUGGCAUCGACCUCCGAGCUCCUGACGAACUCCGCAUAUAUUAAGAAUGGCGCUUCCGUGUACGAUGAAAUUUCCUCCGCUCUGAGCACCUGUCCAUCAGACUACUAUGUUGUCGUCUCCCAGCCUGGCGUGCACAGCUCCGACUUCUCGACUCGCAAGUCCGCACCCCGCCUCGGUGCGAAGAUGCUGGGCAAGGACAAGUCGAUUCAUUCAAAGAUGAGCGUGAAUGAGGUUGUCGGAGAGUUAGACGCAAAGCAGAUUAAGAGUUUACUGGUAGAGAAGUGCGGAGCUGAAACGACCGCGAUUGAUGCUUCCUCCGGAUCUUAUCCCACAUAUUUUGAGUCUGGCCCUCGGGUCAUUGACAUCGAGUUCGCUAUGCUUCCUCUAAGCUCCAGCCGCACCCAACAACUUUCCGACAAUGAUGGCCUUCUUGCCGAUAUCAUCGAUCGUAUUCCUUCCUCCUCUAAGUAUACUAUUAUCUACGUCACCUCGCCCAGGGAGUUCCCUGAAAGCGACUCUGUCGUGUACGAGCCCUUCGAAGAAUUCAACCACGACAAUGUCCACAUGGACCUCAAGCGCGACUACUCUGCCCGCGCUGACUCAAGCCCCUCUGGCUCUUUGGGUCGUCAAACCUCUUUGUUUGAUACAUAUCAGUAUUUCACGCCAGGUCUCUUCAUGGGCUUCCUGGCCUCCUUUUUCUUCCUCAUGAUUCUCUACAUCGGUGUCAAUGCUUUGUCCAGCCUUGAGGUCUCUUACGCCGCUUUUGAGAAGGACACAUCCGGUGCUGUGCAGAAAAAGCAACAGUAA